CGUGCUGCGGGAGCUCGGCGGCGGGAAGGUGGGGCUGGCGGGCGGGCGAGCCGUGUGGCGCGGUCGCGAGGCGCGAGGGAGGGCCGGGCUCCCUCUCGCUCCUCCGCCCUCUGGGGCCAGUGCGUGGAGCCGCGCACCUGGCAACGGCGCCGCCGCGUCCCCGCCCGCGCCUGCCCCCCGCACUCCCUGCCGGCGGCCUCGAGCUCUCGCUCGUUGAUGCCGUUCUGGGGGUGACCCGGCUCGGCUCCGCGGUGGCGGGGCGCUAGACGACGCCAGCCCAGCCAGCGACGCGGGAGCGGGACAUGCUGGAGCUGCGGCACCGCGGGGGCUGCCCCGGUCCCGGGGGAGCGGGGACACCGCCACCCCGCGAGGGAGAGGCGGCCGGCGGCGACCACGAAACCGAGAGCACCAGCGACAAAGAAACAGAUAUUGACGACAGGUAUGGAGAUCUCGACGCCAGAGGAGAUUCUGAUGUUCCUGAGAUCCCACCAUCCUCAGACAGGACCCCUGAGAUCCUCAAGAAAGCCCUGUCUGGACUGUCUUCAAGAUGGAAGAACUGGUGGAUCCGAGGCAUUCUCACCCUGACCAUGAUCUCCCUGUUUUUCCUGAUCAUCUAUAUGGGGUCCUUCAUGCUGAUGCUCCUGGUUCUGGGCAUCCAAGUGAAGUGCUUCCACGAGAUCAUCACCAUUGGGUACAGAGUCUAUCACUCCUAUGACCUCCCGUGGUUCAGAACACUGAGUUGGUACUUCCUCCUGUGUGUGAACUACUUCUUCUAUGGAGAGACGGUGGCGGAUUACUUUGCUACGUUUGUUCAGAGGGAGGAGCAGCUACAGUUCCUCAUUCGCUACCACAGGUUCAUAUCCUUCGCCCUCUACCUGGCAGGUUUCUGCAUGUUCGUGCUGAGCUUGGUGAAGAAACACUACCGCCUGCAGUUUUACAUGUUCGCAUGGACCCAUGUCACUUUACUGAUAACCGUUACUCAGUCACAUCUUGUCAUCCAAAAUCUGUUUGAAGGCAUGAUAUGGUUCCUUGUCCCAAUAUCAAGCGUCAUCUGCAACGACAUCACUGCUUACCUUUUCGGAUUCUUUUUUGGAAAAACUCCCUUAAUUAAGCUGUCUCCUAAGAAGACCUGGGAAGGGUUCAUUGGCGGUUUCUUCUCCACCGUCAUAUUUGGAUUCAUUGCUGCCUAUGUGCUGUCCAAACACCAGUACUUUGUGUGCCCAGUGGAGUACCGAAGCGAUGUCAACUCUUUCGUGACGGAAUGUGAGCCGUCAGAACUGUUCCGGCUUCAGAGUUACUCCCUCCCUCCGUUCCUAAAGGCAGUGUUGAGAAGGGAAACAGUGAGCUUGUAUCCCUUCCAGAUACAUAGCAUUGCGUUGUCAACGUUUGCAUCCCUGAUUGGCCCAUUUGGAGGCUUCUUCGCCAGCGGAUUCAAAAGAGCUUUUAAGAUCAAGGAUUUUGCAAACACCAUUCCUGGACAUGGCGGGAUAAUGGACAGGUUCGAUUGUCAGUAUCUGAUGGCGACGUUUGUGCACGUGUACAUCACAAGCUUUAUAAGGGGUCCGAAUCCCAGUAAAGUCCUGCAGCAGCUGUUGGUGCUCCAGCCAGAGCAGCAGUUAAACAUCUACAGAACCUUGAAGACACAUCUCAUCGAGAAAGGAAUCCUGCAGCCCACCUUGAAGGCCUAGCUUCCCAGAGUGGAUGGACUGCCAAGGAGGAGCUCUCAGAACAGCUCCGAAGUCUUGCACUGAGCAGGCAUGGGGCUGAAGAGGUGAUGGAUGCAGGUUUUGCAGAUGUGAAUGUCUUUCUCUGAAAUUACUGUGAAUAUUUAACAAACUCGUGGUCUAACUGAUGAGUGUGUAGCAGGCGCCUGCCCGUGAGAGAUCCGCUCUUUUCUAAGAUGUUUUCCCAUGUUAACUUCUUUGCCCUCACAUGCUGGAUUCUGCAGUUUAGGAGACUUGUGUUUUAAAGAGUCAAACACUACAGUUGAGCCCCUCUUAGGGUUGUGCCUGGUGGUGAGCUCUUUUGCACAAACUUCGACCUCUGCAUUGGGAAAUGCCUCUCUGUAGCCCCAGGCUUGCUGCAGGCAUCGUGGGGAGCCAGGUCCUGGGGCUUCCUCCUCUUAGAGACUCAAGUAUUUCUGAAGGGCUGAGUUAGAUUAAAAAAGAAAGAAAGAUUGUUCACUUUUUUCUGUUUUCUUUUCUUCCUUUUUGUUUGUUUGUUCACGGUACCGGGGAUGGAACCCAGGGGCUUCCACUCCUGGACUCUGUUCCGUGAGACUGCCUAACUAUCAGAGAGGUAACAGUCUGCUGAGUGGAAACGUCCUGAUUUUAAGUAGUUUCAGAAUUCGGAGGCUAGAGGCUGAAACCUGCACCAUUACUAAUUUGUCCAAAAGCAGGCGUCAGCAUCCACUUCUGACUAAACUCUUUAAAACCAUAGCCAACUCCCCAAGAGACCCAGAAGUGGGUCCUCAGCGAAGACAGUGGCACCUUAAAAGCUGCAUUAAGUCACCCGUGGCUUAGUGGUAACCUGUGGAUCUUAGUUCCCUGGGAACUCAUUUCCCUGAGUCCCAGGAUGGGGAGGGUGGGGCUGGGGCGGAGCCCUGGCAGGUGCCAAGGUGAGGCGCUGCCUCCUGCUCUCUGCGCACCUCCCCUGGAAAGAAGACCCCGGCCCCUGCCAUCACCCUUCUUCCUAUCGUGUCAUGAAAUCCAAGCAGAGGUUAUAGCCGCUAAGAAGAAAAGCACACGAAUGCCAUGCCCUCCUUGGGUGGGCUGGACGUUGUCACCAGACUGGAGGACACCUCUCAGCCCUGGCCACAGCUCCUGUUGCUGUGUGCUAUGUGUUCUCCAGCCAUCUUAACAACGCGCAUUGUUGGUCACCCUCAGCAAACGCCCAGCUCUCCACUUCAGUGUCAGAGGGGAGAAAUAGAUACAUUGUAAAGGAUAUUUUGGUAAUGAAAAGAGUAAAUAUUUUGUUUAAAUUAGAAAUGAAUUUCAGGGCUGGAGAGAUGGCUCAGUGGUUGGGAGCACUGGCUGCUCUUCCAGAGGUCCUGAGUUCAAUUCCCAGCAACCACAUGGUGGCUCACAACCAUCUGUGAUGAGGUUUGGCACCCUCCUCUGGCGUGCCAGCAUACAUAGAGGCAGAAUGUUGUGUACAUGGUAAAUAAAUAAAUCUUAAAAAAUAUAUAUAUAAAAAGAAAUGAAUUUCAGUGAUCACACAUUCCCUUCCUACUGUAGAUGUGCCUGGGUUCUGAGGAUUCGCCUCUAGGCACCGAGUGUGCUGUCCUGCAAAGGAGAAGGCCGUCACUGUUGGGCCUGCUCUCUACUAGGUGACUUGAGACCGGGGGCUGCACCGGCCUCCAUCGUGUCCUGCCUCUGUAGAAAGCCAUGGCACUGCCACGGGCCACGUGGGAAGUGAUUCCUGCCCCCUGCUUUUGUUUGCCCCACUUCACACUCCAGAUGUUGACAAUAAAAAGUCGCAGGCACCAGAGAAACAGCAAAAACCUUGUGAUAGGAAGAUGCACUGAGCUGCUUCAGGACGACGUCGAUUCCCCUUGCCCACCGCAUUCCUGUGGGCUUGUGAGGUGUUACAAGACAGAAUUAGGAAAGCAUAGCUUACUCACAGGUACAAAAAGCCAAUAUUCUCCUAAACAGAUGAAAUUAGGACCAUUUGCAGUUAAAGCUUGUUUCAAAUAAGCUUUUAGAUUGUGUUCAUUAUGCCAUGUAAAAAAAAGGUUCCCGAUCUUAAGAAAGCUCUGAAGAUUGACACUUCUAGUAUACUUUUAUAGCAUGUAUAUUAAAAUGGACCAUAUUUUAGCAAUCACAGGCAGAGCCAGACUCCAGUCAGCGUUCUAUUUGCACUAGAAGAGGCUUCAGCUGCUGCAGAAUGUAAGGGACAAAUGAGAGCUGGGGACGCCUUCCACAAUGCUGGGAACCUGCUGUUUGGUACCCAUUGUUUGGCUUCUCCUUGUGGUGGCGCACACAGACCGCCCCCUCUCACUUAGCCUUCUCUCCUCACUCGCACUUUGGUUUGGACACAGGUAGUGACGCCUCGUUCACAGAAAAGGAAAUGGUAGCAACACUGUAUAUAAGCUGUACAUGGGUGAAACUUUAUGAUAUGUUGUCAAUCAGUUCUCUGAAUCUUUUUACUGAAACUGAGAUAGAAAAACAAUAAUAAAAAAUGGAUGAUA